AAGAAGUGCGUGCGCUGGGGCACCGUGAGCGUGCUGGAGUUCCGCGUGGGCUACAACGCCAGCACGGUGCCGGAGAGCGGGGGCCCGCCCGUGGGCCUGGUGGGGCGCCCCACCCGCCACUCGUACUCGAUGCUGCCGGCCGAGGAAGACGACGCCGAGGCCAGCGACAGCGAGUGCGAGAGCGUGGACUCGGACGCGGAGAUGCUGCUGGCGGAGACGGCGCCGCUGCUGACCACGGGCCGCAGUCGACGGCGCCGCAACGAGCUGUGGCUGGACCCGAUGGAGCGCGCGCGCAUCCUGGCGGAGGAGCACGCGUUCCCGCUGGAGGACAUCGCGCUCAUCUGCCGCGACGUGCGGGCCACGUUGGACGCGCGCGCGUUCUCGCAGCUGGAG